CAGCAGGGCAGGCGCAUGCAAGCUCCCAACCUCGCCAACCUCACCAGGCUCACCUCACCACCAUCGCUCCGUCCCAUCGCAUCACACAAGUCCUCCAGCAGCAGCGCCCUAUGACUGCCCUCAUCGCGCCAUAUGUCAUGGCACGAUCGCAUCGUCUACCAUCGUGAUUUUGCCUACAACCGUCGUCGAUCUCGAAUGGCGCACGGCAGCAUUGGCGAUGUGCCCGCCGCAACAUACGCAGAGUAUGUAGACGACCCUUUCUUACUGCUCCCCGAUGACCAAGAUGCGUCUGCGACCUCAUCAGAAGAGGAGGACCGCUAUCUCGAGGGCGCGCCGCCUGUUGAGGCCGUCUCAACAGAGCUGGCGCAAAAGCCCGCGCCCCCGUCGCGAUGCAUCGCAUUGCGACCCGCGCUGACCCAUCGUCUCUACUCUCAUCGUCUACAUGUACGCGCAAAGGCUAAACUGCAACGCGACAGACUGCUCUCCGGCCCUAUGAUUGACAUCUACGUGGGCGAGUCCAGGCGCCACUGGUCGCUCCACCGCAACUUGCUAUGCCACCACUCGGAGCAACUCGAGGCCGAGCUCGAGGGCGACGCAGACGGCCACAACCGGAAAGACAAGCUCGAGCUACCGGACUAUGAUCCUGCUGGCUUCGAACUCCUCGUCAAAUGGCUCUAUCAGGGCAAGCUCGACGACGUGUCGGACAUGCCCGACACCAACCAGAAGUACGACUACGCCGUCAGCUGCCACAAGCUGUACCUUCUGUGCGAUCGCUUCGACAUGGCUCAGCUGAAGAAUGUCGCCAUGGACCAGUAUAGGAAGGGGCUCAACCAAGCUGAGCUCGUUCCCGACGCCGACGAGAUUGACGACAUCUACCGCAAGAGCCCGACAGGCUCGCCCUUCAGACAAUUGAUGACUCGAAUUGCAGCGCGACAGAUUAUGGAUCCUGGUAGCGACCGGGACGUGGAGACGUAUCGGCAAUGCUUCGAGAACAAUCCAGAUUUCGCUGUCGAUCUGGUCAAAGCCAUCAGAAUCGGUACAGGCGGCAUGUUGUUUGAGGACCCCACAGAUCCUGGAAACGAGUGCGAGUACCAUGACCACGAAGAUGGUCCGAACUGCCACAUCAAGGGCAAGGCUAAGGCCAAGCAAGGUGAAUAGCUCUCUUCGUCCUCGCAAGACGCAUAGUAACAUUCAUUAACCAGCAAAGAAGACUCGGCCGCCCCAGCUCGCCCCCACAUCCGGCAAAUCCGAUCUCUCCAUAAGCUCCGGCCAACAGAGCCUCCCUCUCCUCCCUCAUCCUCCAAG